AUGGCAGAAGGGUGCAGAAGCCUUGGCCUCAUCUCCCUGCGCUCUGCCUCCGCAGGGGUCCGAGUCACCAGCGUGGACUGGCAGCGGUCGGGGAACGGCACUGCGCACCACACCCAGGAGUAUCCUUGCCCUGAGCUGGUGGUCCGCAGGGGCCAGCCGUUCCGCCUCACCCUGGAUCUGAGCGGAGACCUGGACAGCGAGGAGACCCUUAUCUUCACGGUGGAGACCGGGCCCAAGGCUUCCGAGGCCCUCCACACCAAAGCUGUGUUCCAGACGGCGGAGCUGGAGGGGGGUGACGUCUGGACCGCGGUGAAGGAGUCGCAGACGGAGAACAGCAUGAGUGUCAGCCUCGCCAGCCCUCCCGAUGCUGUGAUCGGCCGCUACCAGCUGAGCGCCAGGGCUUCCUCUCGCAGGAGGCACAGUGACCGGAAGCUGGGAGAGUUUGUUCUCCUUUUCAAUCCAUGGUGUCCAGAGGACGAUGUAUUUCUGGCCUCAGAGGAAGAGAGACAGGAGUACGUGCUCAACGACAGUGGCAUCAUAUUCCGAGGCGUGGAGAAGCACAUCCGAGCGCAGGGCUGGAACUACGGGCAGUUUGAGGAGGACAUCCUGGAUAUCUGUCUGUCCAUCCUGGACCGAAGCCCCAGUCACCAAGAUGACCCAGCCACUGAUGUGUCCCAUCGUCACAACCCCAUCUAUGUCACCAGGAUCAUCAGUGCCAUGGUGAACAGCAACAAUGACCGGGGUGUCGUGCAAGGACAGUGGCAGGGCAAAUAUGGCAGCGGCACCAGCCCACUGCACUGGCGCGGCAGCGUGGCCAUCCUGCAGAAAUGGUUCAAGAGCAGGUUCAAACCAGUCAAGUACGGCCAGUGCUGGGUCUUCGCUGGAGUCAUGUGCACAGUCCUCAGGUGCUUGGGGAUUGCGACACGAGUGGUGUCCAACUUCAACUCGGCCCACGACACUGACAAAAACCUGAGUGUGGACAAAUAUGUGGACUCCUUCGGGCGGACCCUGGAGGACCUGACAGAAGACAGCAUGUGGAAUUUCCAUGUCUGGAACGAGAGCUGGUUUGCCCGGCAGGACCUGGGCCCCUCUUACAAUGGCUGGCAGGUUCUGGAUGCCACACCCCAGGAGGAAAGCGAAGGUGUGUUCCAGUGUGGCCCCGCCUCAGUGACUGCCAUCCGAGAAGGUGACAUACACCUGGCCCACGAUGGCCCCUUCGUGUUUGCGGAGGUCAAUGCCGACUAUAUCACCUGGCUGUGGAAUGAGGACGAGAGCCGGGAGCGUGUGUACUCGGACACCAAGAAGAUUGGAAGGUGCAUCAGCACCAAGGCGGUGGGCAGUGACUCCCGUGUGGACAUCACAGGCCUCUACAAGUAUCCAGAAGGGUCCCGGAAGGAGAGGCAGGUGUACAGCAAGGCCGUGAAGAAGCUGUUCGGCGUGGAAGCCAGGGGGAGGAGGACGUGGAUCCGCAGGGCCGGCGGGCGGGGUCUCUGGCGUGACGACCUCCUGGAGCCCGCCACCAAGCCCAGCAUCACCGGCAAGUUCAAGGUGCUGGAGCCGCCGGUGCUGGGUCACGACCUGCAGCUGGCUCUGUGCUUGACCAACCUCACCUCUCGGGCCCAGCGAGUCCAAGUCAAUUUGAGCGGCGCCACCAUCCUCUACACCCGCAGGCCUGUGGCCGAGAUCCUGCACGAGUCCCACGCGGUGAAGCUGGGUCCGCAGGAAGAGAAGAAGAUUCCAGUAGCAAUAUCUUACUCUCAGUAUAAAGAAGACCUGACAGAAGAUAAGAAGAUACUAUUGGCUGCCAUGUGCUUUGUCUCCAAAGGAGAGAAGCUCCUGGUGGAGAAGGACAUUACCCUGGAGGACUUCAUCACCAUCAAGGUGCUGGGCCCAGCCACCGUGGGGGUGGCAGUUAUAGUGGAAGUGACGGUGGUCAACCCCCUCUUGGAGAAAGUGGAGGAUGGUGUGCUGAUGGUGGAGGGCAGUGGCCUUCUCCAAGGACAGCUCAGCAUAGAGGUGCCCAGCCUGCAGCCCCAGGAGAAGGCCUUGGUCCAGUUCAACAUCACCCCAUCCAAGAGUGGCCCCAGGCAGCUUCAGGUGGACUUCGUCAGUCACCACUUUCCGGACAUCAAGGGCUUUGUGAUUGUUGACGUGGCCACAGCCAAGUGACGGACCCUCAGGGUCUGAGGGGGAGCAUUCGGCCCCUGUUUUGCUCCUCGCCACCUUUCUGUGGGAGCCGAGAAGCCUGGGUCAGUCCUGCCUCAGUCUCUGCCCUACUCUGUGAGUUUAGGCAAGGCCCUUCCCUCUCUGGGUGGAGGUCCUCAUCUGUAAGAUGAGGUUUGGACUCAUUCAUCCUGAACCUUUUGGACAAAUAGGUGAAGUAAGAACCUAGGGAUCCUCUCCCCCUUCUCAUCACGCUCCUGGCUAGAAGACUGACACCUCCGAGAGUCCCAGUCACCCUGGCCCACUCAGCUGCAGCCUCUUUGCCCCUCCAGCUCACCUGUCCCUGUGUCUCUCUCAACCCUUCAAAUGCCCUAGCCACAUCCAGACCCAGCCGUCCUCCCCAGGCCUGACAGAGAGCCCAGAUGUUAGAGCCGGAAGCUAAAGCAUCCCUCAACACUCCCACUGCAAAGAGGAAGGGCCUGGCUGGGCCCAGGGCACCUGGAGGCAGAGUCAUCCUGCAUAUGCUACUUGCUCCACCUUAUGCCAAAGUCAUGUUCCUGAAAAGCAUUAGAUUUUACACAUCGAGAGAUUUUUCCCUCAGGGGAGACAUAGGCUCUGGAUUUAAGGGGCAGAACCCAGUAAGCAGCUGAAAAGAUAAAGAAGGGUCCAUCCAAUGGAUUGUAUUUCCCUGAACUCUGUAGCCUCAGAUCUGAUCCGGUUAGGAUCAAGGAGCUCACCAACCUUCCCAGC